AUGGAACGCGAUGUAAACUCAAGUGCGGGGCAUAGCGGAAAAAGAAGCAACAGCUGCAUGCCAUCGACGCACGGUCGUCCGCAACAGCGCAGGAACUCCAAGUGUGACUGGAAUCCGCCUGUAGACACCAGUACGUUGCCCGCCGCCGGCCUGUCCUCCAGUCGCUGUACAAGGGACUUCGCUGCGCGCUGUAACCUGCUGCUACACAGCGGGAUGAAACGCGCGCCAGCCGCUUUUCCGAGCAAUACCUAUGAGCAGGCGCCGUCGCCUCGGAACUACCGGGGAUGGAACCACAGGUACGGCGACACGGCCCCUUUGCCGGCAUCGACGGAGGAAGGGGUCACCAGCCCCAAGCAGUCCCUUCAAGACAAGCUGCGCCAGCAGUACGCCCGCUACAAUCGUGUGUUCCGUGACCCUCCACCGGCGGACCCGCCUGCGGUGAAACCUGGCGCUCCUAUGUCCGAGUUGGAGGCGAACAGGCAGCGCAUCAUGCGCCACUGCUGCAUCUUCAAUGACACGCAGGAAUCCGAUAAACGGAAACAGGAACGUGAUGUGGGUAGCUCUCCGACAGCACGGCCCUCUGAGUACGCUUCGCCCGGCCGGUCUCCCGGUGGCCAGCAGCAUGACAUCACCGAUGAAAGCCCCAAUUUCAAGGCACCCCUGGUUACGGAGAGGACCAUCAUCGGCGGCACCCGGACAGUGAUGCCACGCGAUCCGGAGUGGGAGGUGGUUGCCAUGCGGAUGUCCUGCAUCGAUGCGCUGAUGUCGGAGCGUGACAUCGAGGAGCUGGCGCACAAGGCCGACAUGCAGGUGGUAUCGAUCCACCUGGAUCGCAACAUAAUAUCGCACAUCUGUAACGGCACCGGCACCAUCAAGUGCCGCCACACCGGCGGUGAGGAGGGCCUGAUGUACUUCGCGCAGCUGCUGGCAAAGCGAGGCAUCCGCCUCUACAUAACGGACAUCGUCUCCCGAUCUAACGCGAGCCGAGAAGGAUCAUAG